AACAGUUAGGUAGUCAUAAACACUAGAGAAAAUAAAAGUGUUGAUAAAUCAAUGACUAAGAGAUCAGCAGAGGUGACCUUAGAGAGAAGAGGAGACUGGAAUCACAAUUGAACAACCGAGAGCCUGGGACAAGGACGCAUAUACCAGACUGGCUGGAGGAAAUCUGCCUGUUGUGAGCUGCAUUGGAUGUUCAUAAUGCAUCGGAUGAAAGUCCUGGGAGUGAUCGUUGGGAUUGUGGCUUCUUUGGUGAUCGGGAUUCUAAUUGGGCAUUUUGCCAUUCCACCAAGGUUACCCACAUGGCUCCAACGAAUGAGCACAGAUGGAGACCCCAAAUACAGCAACCAGCUGCACCAAGAGAUCCGAGCAGAAGAGAUCCAUAAGAACUUGCAGUUUUUUGCCGGCAAGCCUCAUAUUGCAGGAAGUUACCAGGAAGAAGAAGUGCUAGUCAACUAUAUGUACAAAACAUGGCAAUCAAAUCUACAUGGAGCAAAAAUAUACAACUAUACAGUUCUUCUCUCUUACCCUAAUGCAAGUGAUCCCAACUACGUCUCCAUUGUGUCUGCUGACGGUGUGGAAAGUGACCUAUCAGAAAAGGUUGAGAAAAUACUUAGUCCUGACCAGAAUGAUUCUUCUGUGGUUAACCCAUUCAAUGCCUACUCACCAUCUGGUGUUAUUGUGGGAGAUCCAGUAUAUGUCAACUAUGGUACUGUUGAAGACUUUCAUUACUUGACCCGGAAUCUGUCAAUGAAUUUAACUGGUACUGUGGCAAUUGCCAGAUAUGGGCAAAUAUUCAGAGGUGACAAGGUGAGAAAUGGAGAGCUAUUUGGCUGUGCUGGGAUGAUUAUAUACUCUGAUCCAGCAGAUUAUGUAUUUGGUGACCAGGAACGAGUAUACCCAGAUGAUUGGUGGCUGCCAGGCACAGGAGCUCAGCGAGGAACAGUUUUAAGAGGAGAUGGAGAUCCAUUAACCCCCUUCUACCCCUCCAUUGGCUCUGCAUUUUAUUUGGAUGAAAAGGACGUUGCAUUACCAAAGAUCCCGGUGACCCCAAUAGGCUACAAUGAUGCAGUCAAGUAUCUCAGUAAGAUGUCUGGAAUAGAGGCACCAAACACAUGGAAAGGAAAGUUGAAAACCACAUACAGAUUAGGGCCAGGCUUUGCAUCUCCAUUUGAGACCAGGUAAUCAUUUAAAUGUAUUCAAGCCUGUGUUUUAGCUGU